UCAAAAUAUGUAUACAUCGAUGUGGGUAUAUACACGUUGUCCUUUUUCAAACACUUCGCACAGGUUGUUGCUAUUAUCGCAAUCAAAAUAAACAAACUUUGUUAUCUUUGAUCAGUCACAGUCCGCUGUCAAAUCAAUGACUCCUAGCGAUCCGACGUUCUUAUGCAAUAAUGAAAAAUAAAAUAAUUUUCGAUGAAAAAACAGAAUUUUCUAUCUAUCGUAUUGCAGUUGUUUCUUCUCCGUCUCUUCCAUCUCGUACUGCUGUUCUUUCUUAGUUAAAAAAAGAACGCGUCAAUAAUGUUCGGCACUUAUCGAAUUAUUUUCACAUGCUAAUUGUGCAAUUUCUUUCGGGAGUUCCCCAACGUCUGAAUAUAUUUUUAAUGAAUAUAUACAUGCAAUAUUUUCGGUACUCGAAAAAAAAACCGACAGCUUUUUGGUGGAUGCUGAUAGUAUACUAGAAAUCCAAGACGAGACGAGACGACUGUUGCAGGUAUCAUUGCAGAAAUUAUGAGGACCAUCAGAGGAAUGUGAAAUAUUUGUCGACAGAAUGUUCUGUCUCUUACAACCGUAUUUGAAGAAACUGCUGCGAUGUCUGAGGAGAAUUCAAUUGAAGUACGUUUGUGCAACAGUCGGUGUGAUAAUGAUGCUCGAUGUGUUCGGAGCAUUCACUCAUAUCUUCGAAGUGCCUUACAACGAUAAUUUUAUAUAUCCUUACCAUGGAGAUAUUCAGCCUUUUAUUGAAGCUUUGAGACAUAAAAAAAAGCCAGAAGUUGAACCAAUAAACGAGUACAAUUACACAUUUAUACAUAACCCUAAAGACAAGUGCGUAGAUCCAGAUUUCCGUACAUUGCAGUUUGUAUUCUUGGUAAAAUCAGCAACAAAAAACUUUGACAGAAGGAAAGGAAUAAGAAAUUCAUGGGGUUUCGGCAAGAGAUUCUUCGAUGUACCGACCCGAUUAUUAUUUCUACUUGGUACAAACGGUGGGGACCACAAUCUCGUUGAGAAGAUCAAUGAGGAGUCUGAGAAAUUCAAAGACAUUCUGCAAGCUGAUUUUGUUGACACUUAUUACAACAAUACCCUUAAAACUAUGAUGGGCUUCAAGUGGGCUGUGGAACAUUGCACUAACGCCAAAUUUUACAUGUUCGUUGACGACGACAUUUACGUAUCGGUUAAAAACGUUCUAAGGUUCGUUAGAAAUCCUGCGUCUUAUCCGGACUACUUGAAAGAGCCCAGUAGAAUGGCAGCUCGAAAACGGGAGAUCAAACAUUCAGAUAUGGUAACUGAUGAGAUCGAAUUAGAACCGCAUAAUUCGAAAAAUGAAAGCUUUCCUCCCACAAAACUCGCAGAAUCGUCGAUUGAAACGAAAUCAUCUGAUAAUUCAAAAACUUCAAGACCUUCAAACAAAACUGAACAGAUAACACUAUCGACUACUGAAAAAUCUACUACAAAUUUGCGAAAUUUAUCUGCUGAUUUUCCUGAUGUAGAUAAAAAAUUAGAAUAUUACACAGAAUCUCUGAAAAAUGAAACUCCUACAAUAAAUAAUAUAGAAAGAAAAAAACGUCAAGUUUUUGAUCUCGAAUUACCAGAAGAUGUGAGACUUUUUGCCGGCUAUGUAUUCGUCUCUUCGCCUCAUAGACACAGAACUUCGAAGUGGUAUGUCUCCUUGAAGGAAUAUCCAUAUCAUUUAUGGCCUCCUUACAUAACAGCAGGAUCUUAUGUUUUGUCGAAGGAAGCUCUUCUCGAUAUGUAUUACGCGAGUCUCUACACUCAACAUUUCAAAUUCGACGAUAUAUUCCUCGGAAUUGUUGCAAAAAAAGCAGACAUCGAGCCUUUUCACUGUGACGAGUUUCACUUUUACAAAAAAGAUUACACCAAGUACAAUUACAAGUAUGUUAUAACGUCUCAUGGUUAUGACGAUCCUAAGGAAUUAAUCUCGGUCUGGCAAGAGCAAAAAUCCUUGGGAAAUGCCUAACUCAACUGAAUCUCUAAUUCAAUAUAUUUCUUCGAAAUUUUCGUCCUAGGACAUUACAAAUCUUUAGAACUCUACAAAAUUGGUAUUUACUAUUAAAAAUUAGUGUUAUGUAUGCAAUGGUUUAUUUUCACGUAUCUAUUCUUCUAGAAUCUCGGAUAAUUUUCUUUCUCAAUUCUUAUAUCUCAUACUGAGAUGAAUGUAAUCUCACAAUCCAGUCGUAAAAUGACAAAAAACUGCAAAUUCAUCCUUUGAAUUAAUAAAAUCGUAUUUUUCAGACGGAAGGAUAACAUUCGGUAAUGAUAUAAACGAUGUAAAAUCAAUGGUUCCAAAUUAUUUUCUCAUUCGUAUAAUUCAUUUAUCACUUUCUCAUUUGACUGAGUAAAUUGUGCUAUUGAAUGCUGAACAGAAUAGAACUCGACAAUAUUUUCUAUUCCAGCAAGUUUCUUCAUUAGGUUAAAAAUUGGAAUCUCUCACCAACGUUAUAUCAAAUAAUUAUUAUUUUGCUCUAAAGAUACUGAAGAAAAAAUUUGUGAGUCUCAUAUGCUUUCAUAGUCAGUAGCGAGUUAUAUACAACGAAAAACAUUUGUUUCAACACAUUCUCCCCUACCCGAGUGAUCAGUCGUGUGUAUGAAACAAAUGUAUCAAAUUUAUAAUACUAAAAUGGUGUUUCGCUAAAUAGCAGUAAAACGUAUACCAUUAAAAUGUUAAUAAAAAAUAUUAUUUAUAAAUGCUCAGGCAUGGCUACGAGCACGUCCACGCAAAUGUUUUGUUGUACAUCUUUCUCAAUCACACAAUCAUGUCAUGUAUAUCUAGUAGUAAAAAACGAAAAUGUAAAAAAAAAGUCGCAAUUUGUAUACAUAUAAAUAGACUCGCUCGUAAAAUUGAGCACAGCCGUA